AUGUUCAAGAUGCAGCUCUUGUCUUGCAUUGCACUAACUCUUGCACUUGUCGCAAACAGUGCACCUACUUCAAGCUCGACAAAGGAAACGCAGCAACAGCUGGAGCAAUUGCUGCUGGACUUACAGAUGCUUUUGAUUAGAGUUAAAAAUUACGAGACUCGCAGACUCUCCAUGAUAUUCACAUUUAAAUUUAACAUGCCUAAGGAGGUCACAGAACUGAAACAUCUUCAGUGUCUAGUAGACGAACUCAAACCUCUGGAGGACGUGCUAAAUGUAGCUCCAAGCAAACAAAACACCAGGGAAUUAAUCAGCAAUAUCAAUGUAACAGCUCUGGAGCUACAGGGAUCUGAAACAACAUUCAUGUGUGAAUAUGAUGAUCACGCAGCAACCAUUGAAGAAUUUCUGAACAAAUGGAUUGUGUUCUGUCAAAGCAUCAUCUCAACACUGAUUUGAUAAUGUCUCUCAUUUAAAAUAGGGCUUUGUAUUUAUUUAAAUAUUUAAAUUUUAUAACUUAUUUUUGGAUGAGUGGUUUGCUAUCUUUUAUAACUAUUAUUCUUAGUCUUCAGAUGAUGAAUAUGGAUCUUUUAAGAUUCUUUUUGUAAGCCCUAGGGGCUCUAAAAUGGUUUUACUUUAAAUUAUUUUAUAAGAAACUAUUUAUUAUUAUAUUGAAUUGUUAAAUUUAAUG